AUGCCUGAGGCCCUUGAUCACUUGGCUGAGUUUUGUGAAUCUGAAGAAGCCAUUGAGUUUGUCCUCUGGACAUUGAUGCUCUUCCAGUCAUGGAAUGUGCAGGGUAGCAACAGCCAGGAUUGGACUGCCAAGAAGGUGCACAAGCCAUGGGGAGGAUACACACACCAGUGGGUGNGCAUCCAGCACCACACAUGGGCCGCCUACACCAUCUACCACAAUUUCCCAACACCCAAAAUCACCCCACCUUUCAAUGUUCAUGUGCCAUUCAAUGCCCCACACACCACCACCACCAGUGACAUUUGUGCUGAGAUUGGCAUUGAACAGCAACAGGGUCAGUGGCCACACAUGGAGGAUGUGACAUUUGUGUGCACAUGGCACAUGGCUGAUGGGCGCCACCAGAUCUUUGCUUUGGGGUGUUGGAUGGACACAGAGGCAAUGCCACCUUGUGAGUGCUGUGCAAGGUCCUGCCCAAGUGCAUUGUGUACAACCUGGGCGACAACGCUGACCUCAAUGAUGCCAAUCAGACACACAAGAUCAACAGUAAGUUCAUGCUUGCCUUCUGGCCAGUUACACCAUGUCACCAAUCCCAUUCAUCAGAUCCAUGGACAUGGGGGCCAUGCCAGACAAUGCAAGCGUCAUUAUUGCAAGUGA